AUGACAAUUCUUAAACCUCGAUCAUCAAACAUUCUUGUUACGGAUUCUGAUCCCUUGCCGCAGUCUAUUUCUCCUUCAUUAAUUAAUUUGAGACAAGAAUUAUCUCAGCAGCAAAUAAUAUCAAAACCAAGGGGUGUCAAGACUAAUAUUCAAUUUUACCAAGAGAUGUCAUAUGAACAAGCUUGUUUUGGGCUCCUCAAUAUAUUCACAAAUAAUUAUGACAAAGCAUGCAAUGAUAUUAGCAUAAUUUCAGAUUAUUUAUCAGUAAGAGACUUACGUACCUUAGUUCGAGUAUUAAAUUUAUGUGAAAUCUCAGAUUUAUUUAAUCAUAGAAAACCAGUUUUAUGCCUCAUGAUUCAGAGUUUCUUAAAUCAACCAUUAAUGAAAGACCUUUAUACAGAUGUAAUUUUAACGAAGCCAUCCCAACUCUAUCCAGAUAAUACCUAUACAAUCGAUAAUUUCAUUUAUAACAAAAAUGAUGAACUCAAUGUUUCCAAAAACAUAGAAUUAAAUAGCAAUACAAAAGAUGAGUCAUCAACCAUUAUUAAAGUACAUCAUUUCUCAAAAAUUGACGGUAAAUCGUCAAAAACUUUUAGUUCAAAUCCGAUUCCACAACAUAUUCAGUUUCAAAAAUGUGAACUUUUGAUCAAAAGUGCAGAAUCUCCUUUUGUAAUCGAUCCGAUAGAUAAUUUUACAUAUUCUAAGUCAGAUGUAGAAAAAUUGAAGCAAACAGUCACAACCUUAUCAAAUAGGCUUACCGAAAUGGAACGAAAUGUUUCUGCAUUAGAAACCAAAAUUUCAGAAAUCGAAAACAAAAUUUAG